AUGGCGCCGUCACAGGGCGAACCCCUCCCCCUCCCAGCUUCGGCCGAGGAGGUUAAAGACAUAGACAGUUUUUAUAUGGUGAUAAGCAAACUUACCUCCUGCAUCAGUACCGCGGUAAACGAAGGGAAGAGGGUGACCGCUGCUAAUACGCGGCUCAUUAGCCAGGCUGCUGAAGAAAUUAGAACUGCCACACGAUCUCUCCUUUCCAUCAAGUCUGUCGCCUCCUCUAGCACACCAACAUCAAACAGCGAGUUAAAGGAUGAGAUCCUCGCAUGUGUGAGGGAGGAGAUUGCCAGUGUUAAAAAACUUGUCUCAGCCAACAAGCCCUCUUACGCACAAGCAGCAGCAGCGACUCACGGGGCUCCUGCACCUGCUGGGCCAACCGCCCUCCGCAACUCCGCACCAGCGACUAAACCGGCGAUCAUAGUUAGCCCGACCGUCGAGGUUAAUACACGCCAGGAGGCUGUGGAAUUAUUUAAAAAAAACAUUAAUUACCGCAAUGCCAAUUACGCACCGGCUCGUAUUCAGCCUGUGUCCAACAACAAGCUGCGUGUCGAGUUCGACACGGAGACUCAACGCAAUGACACCCUAACCAGGCUCGAGGGAAAAACUGGAAUUAAGGCUGAACCCGUACGGAAACUUAGACCCAUGGUCAUAUUAAAGGGCAUAUCAAAGGAUGUUCCAGCAGACGAUCUUGCAAAAAUUAUUAGACAGCAAAAUGAGGAAAUUAACGAAAUUAUCAGUGAUGAUGGCGAGGGCCUCAAACUAAGAUUUAAACGGGACAAUAAGAACAAUAACCUGUAUAACGUGGUUCUUCUAGUUGAUCCUAAGGUAUACAGAAAAAUGUUAACAAUGGGUCGUAUCAGCAUCGAUUACCAGUGCGUCCAUGUUGCUAGCUUCUCGCCGUUCCUCCAGUGCCACAGGUGCCUGCAGUUCGGCCAUAAAAAACUAAGGUGCACUGCGGACCAAAGCUUCUGCUCACAUUGUGCGAGCACAGAGCACGAUGUGAGCAAUUGUUCUAACAAAGAUAAGACCGACAGCGAUGCAAAACUGCCAACACACAAUACGCGUUUCAACACUAAACUGGACACUAAACACACGGCUAACUCCAACACCUGCCAACGUUUGCGAGCCAUGAGGGAGAAGAUAAAUAAUCGUGUCGACUAUGGAUACACAUAA